AUGGAGCAGCUCGCCCAGUUCGUCUCCAAGAGCUUCGACAACGCGGCGGCUGCGGCGGCGGCCAGCGUCGAGGCCGCCGUCGCCGGCUGCAGGGCGGCCGCCGCCGGCAGGAUCACGCUCAGUGUCGCGCAUCUCAUCGGUGAUCACGCUGCGGACGACGACGACCGCCAUGAAAGCGCGCAGGAGGCUGCGACCGGCGUCGAGACGAGCGGAAGUGUCGAGGAGCCGCCGUCGCCGGAAGGCCGACUACAACCGGAGGAUCUGUCCGUCACGGCCAAGAUCAAGGACAUCCGGGACACCGCGGAGAGCCUGCCACCCCUGAAGACUCCCGAGCUGAAGCUGUCGGUCCGCAAACUUCUCGGAUGCACCCCCUCGCCGCCGCCCAUAUCGAGGGAUCGAUCGCCCAGUCCGGAAAACUGCGUUGAAUUGAAAAGUCAAAGCUCGAGUGACAGCAAAGCGAUUAUAUCUUCCAACGACCAGGCCAAAGUAUCCUCGCAGAUUACAAGGUCGAGCAGUCAAGAAGACUCCAGCAAAGGAUCCAAUUGCCGGAACAACGGAACCGGAAACGGCAAGCAGAGGAGAUCGCGAACGAACUUCACCAUCGAGCAGCUGGCCGAGCUCGAAAGACUCUUCGACGAGACGCACUACCCAGACGCGUUCAUGAGAGAGGAGUUAAGCCAGCGACUCGGUCUCAGCGAGGCGAGGGUGCAGGUCUGGUUCCAGAAUCGACGCGCCAAGUGCCGCAAGCACGAGAGUCAAUUACACAAAGGCGUCGCCGGGAGUAUGGUGCUGGCACCGCGUAGCCCGCCGACGACGUUGGAGCCCUGUCGGGUCGCCCCGUAUCUGCCGGCGCUCAGGUUGCACCCUCCUCCGCCCCCAAUGCAGGGAACAGGUGCCGCGAAUGUCACCGUGGGCUCGGCCUUCGACCCGGCGGUGCUGCACUACGCGGCGGCCGGGGGUCUCUUCUGUCUGCCACCGCCGCCGCCGCCGCCACCCUCGGCGCCUUCGGCCGGCCAUCAUCCCCCUCAUCCGCUAAGCCUGGCGGCGUCGCUGGCCGCCGCGGCGGCCCGCUCGAAGAACAGCAGCAUCGCGGACCUGAGGCUGAAAGCGAGGCGGCACCAGGAGGCCUUAGGGCUCGACAGGCCCGCGUAAGGUACGCUACGCUUGUACAUGGUACGUCUCGGACGAAGAGGACUCUACGGGGAUGAAGAGGUGUGCGCGAGCGGUGAGUAUCUUCUUCGGAGAGCAGACUCGUACAGUCUUCGAGGAGCGAUUUAGAACGAAGAAAGGAUCAGAAGUGAACUGUAUAAUCGCGGCGAGCUCAAUUCCUGAUGACGGAAUAGGAAGGAAGGAUAUGUAUAUCUUACUCGUGAAAGAACGCUCGUUCGUUUGUUAAGACCUCUGUAUACGAGCGAAGAUAAAUCUGCGCAGUUGAUACAAAUUAUUCAGAAAUUUUAAUCGCGUCAUUGUUUUAUCUGUAGUUAAUUUUCAGUUGAUCCUAAAAAAGUAUAGCUUUCCAGCAGCUAUCUAUCGAAUCACCAAUUGUAUCCUGUUGUCAUUUUGACGUUCAAUGACGUCAGUUUGCUACGUGUCAUUAUGAUUAAAAAUCGCGUAGAAGUUCGCUCAUGUACAGAAUAUUCCAAAAACGACGUGUAUCCCUUCAUCCGCGACGUGCCGAAGCGUCUGAGAAGUACAAAAAAACAAGGACACUCAACUCAGUGUGUAUAAAGUAAAAGUUGCGAACGGGAAACGUGUAACAUAAUGUAUACAGGAUCGGGAGUCUCGCUUUGUAUCCCGAUUAAUUGCGCUCCGUGUCCAAGAACUGUGAUGCAAAACCGCGAUCGGAAGCUUAAUCAGCCCCGACAACGUCAAGGAGCGCCGACGACAUUAAUGUAUAGUUUAUUGUCAUCUAUUCUUGAACCAGCCCCCUCCUCAAAUUAGCGGGCGGCGAUUUCGGAGUUGAAAUUAACGUAGGUUUUACAUAUGUAUAUGCUCACGUAUGUGCGAGAGAGGGCACCUUUAAGUCUCGAAAAAGAUUGAUCAGAACGCUGUACUUUUGUCAACAAGAGAGAAACUUAGGGUAAAACAUCUCAACAUAGAUUGGAUUCUUUGAUCGACACAUAUAUCAUCACUUUCAAGAGUUCACAUUUUUGUCAACGAGUUCGAAGCGAAUUUUUUCUCGAUCGGGGGAAUUUAGGAAACGACGCAUCACAAGGUAUAUAUAUAUAUAUACAUCGAGAGCAGCUUUCGAAUCGCAUUUCGGAUUGUCGCCGACGACGAUUCAGCCGACGAGGGAGAGGACUCCAGAACGCGCCAGAAUCGCUGACCAACCGCGAGAGGGAAUUAUAGAUCGCCGCGUCCUGGCAGCGGCGUGCAAGACGUAACUCUCCCGUAGAUGAUUCACGGGUGGGUGGAUGGACGACUUCUCGCAUUCGUCGCCGGCGAAGCGAGCGAGGGACGCCGGGCAUCGCCGUCGGGGCGCUAAUGCAAUAACGCGUGGCUACGCGGAUAAAUCAAGCCGGGCGAACCGCUCCGAGAGACAGAGAGAGAAAGAGAGAGAAGAGAGAGAGAGAGAGAGAAUAACGCCGUGCUGCGUAAUCGCGUUACCCCGGGGUCGUCCCCGGGGCGCCGUUAUUGUCCCCCUUCUCAACCCACCCUUGGAAGCGAGGUGCACCAAAAAGCGCGCGUGUUCCUCGAGUCUCCGGUAAUUCGUCCAACCCAUUUCCACGCAAAUUGCGCGCUCGCUCAAAUCUUAUUUUACUGCGCCCGAUUAAUGUAUCGUCUUCGCGAACAAGUGGCGAGAGUUUUCUUGCAUCGUACCCUGAAUGCGCAAAGAUGCCGAUGUAUCAACCCAAGCAGCAAACUUACGUCAUUAAACGUCAAAAAUCAUUUUGACGUCUAAUGACGUCAUCGAC